CUAAUGUAACAUUGCAUUAUUAUUUGAAAAUGGCGACGACAAAGAAAAGUAAUGAGGUUCUGUUUACAACAGACACUUCAGGAGAACAUUGGAAUGUUUGUAUGUGGGAUUUCCAUUCAGGAACCAGUUUGUCUUACUACAAGGGAGGUAGUACAACCUCUAGAGGCUUGGCUUUGAUUGCUGGCGAAUAUCUUUUAGCUGCUAAUAACGCACGGUCUGUGUUACACGUGUGGACAUUACAAAGGCGGGAACAGAUGCAGAGCAAAGUUGUAUUUCCAAAAAAAAUAUCUUCCCUUGCUGUUUCACCGGAUGGUUGCUUCUGCGUGGCUGGAAUCGAAGAAAAGAUCUAUGUUUGGCAGGUCAGUUCUGGUGAUCUAUUAGCCAUUGUUCAAAAACACUAUCAAAAUAUUACAUGUGUCAAGUUUGUUGAUAAUAUCACAUUUGUUAGUGGAGGCGAAGAUAAUUUAGUAGUGGUUUGGUCAUUAACUGAUGUCGUACGCAUUUGGAAAGAUGCCUGUUUGAAACCUGAGCCUCUAUUUACAUGGAAAGACCAUUCAUUGGCAAUUACUGACAUACACGUUGGUGCUGGAGGACUUCGAUCGCGAAUCGUAACAGCUUCCCUUGACCAAACAUGCAAGAUGUGGGAUUUAUGUUCGGGUCAGUUGUUAUGUGAUUUCGUCUUCCCAGUGGGAAUAACGUCAGUUGUCAUGGAUGCAGCAGAUAGUUGUUUAUUCGCAGGAGCUAAAAAUGGACAUAUCUAUACGGUGGAUCUCUUUGAAAACACAAAUAGCCGACAGAGACAUGUAGCGAGUGAUACAGCUAUGAUAAAACGAGUUACUGCUUUUAAUGGACACGAUCAGCAAGUUACAUGUUUGGCAAUGUCAAAAGAGGGCGACAAAUUAAUUUCGGGUUCCGAUGACUGCAACGUUAAAAUUUGGGAUAUCAGCAGUGGCCAGUGUAUACGAACCUUACCUCACAAAGGUGCUGUCACCAACGUUUUGAUUAGCCCUGUCACACCAGCUAUGUUAAACCCUAACUACAAACCGACGCGGCUACUUGGCCAGCUGAAACGAAACCUUCAGUCUGUCGACGAAGAAGGUGAAACUGUUGGGACUGUCCUCUUGAAAAAUCAACCACAAUCUUGUAUAUUUGAACCUUACACCGAAGAAAACGGUGAUGUAAUUGUUGCAUACAAUAGAGCCGUAAAGAAUACCGGAACAAGUUUGGAUAUUCCUUAUGAAGAAGGACACAGUGAUAUGAACGAAUAUGAGAAAACUGAACUGAUUAAGAAACUGAAAGAUGAAUUGAAACAAGUUAAGAAAGUCAAUAACAAACUCUUUGAAUUCUCUAUAUUAAAGCUAUCUGAAACCUGAUCAAAUAAAUAAGAAUGCUUACAAUAUU